AUGGAGGAGGUGAAGAGGCAGCAAGUGUUUGAGCCGGUUUACCAUUACGUUGAUGACGGUAGGGAGCAUGGACUAUUGAGUAGGUUCGAGCCUGGAGUCCGGGUGCUAGAAGCCGGUUACCAGGUGGCAUCCAUGUUCAAGCCGUUGCCUAUGCCCAUUGUCUUUGAGAAGGAUGCGGCGGUCCGGAUGCGGGAUGGCGUGACGAUCUACGUUGACGUAUUUCGUCCGACGGGGCAGGAGAAGGUGCCAGUGAUAGUUGCCUGGAGCCCCUACGGCAAAAGCGGCGGCACGGCCCCCAGGACAGUGAAGCUCUUCAAUGUGUUGGGCAUGGAUAACAGCAUGCUUUCGGGUUUGGCCAAGUUUGAAGGACCUGAUCCCGCGUAUUGGUGCUCCCAGGGGUAUGCUGUCUGCAACCCGGAUGCACGGGGUGUCGCCCACUCGGAAGGAAACAUACACAUGAUUGGAACGCAGGAGGGGCGUGACGGGUAUGACUUAAUUGAAUGGCUCGCUACGCAAGACUGGUGCAAUGGCAGGGUGGCACUGAGUGGUACAUCCUACCUUGCGUUCUCGCAGUGGUUCAUUGCUGCUGAGCAGCCCCCGCAUCUCGCAGCGAUCAAUCCCAACGAGGGGUUAUCUGACGCGUACCGCGACCUCUGUAUGCGAGGGGGAAUGCCUGACCUAGCCUUCACCAAACGCCUGCAGAUCAAUCACGUUAAUGCGAAUGCUAGCGCACUGCGUGAAGAUGUGUACGAAGAAGCUCUAAGAAAUCCGCUGGCCAACAAUUCUGUGUGGGCGGACAAGAUUCCGAAGUUUGACAGGAUAAUUGUGCCGGCGUAUGUUGUUGCCAGCUAUUCCAAUACUCUACAUACUCAGGGCACCUUCCGAGCGUGGAGAAGAAUGGCAUCGGAAGCGAAGUGGCUUCGGAUCCACAACUCACAGGAGUGGCCGGACUACUACGAUGCCCACAGUACCGAAGACCGGCUCCUUUUCUUCAACUAUUACUUGAAGGGCGACAAAAACGGGUGGGCUAAAACCCCCCAGGUCCGCUAUGCAGUCCUAGAUCUGGAGGGCAACGAUCGCCUGGAGCAACCAGCCGAGAGUUUCCCUCCGGGUGACAUCACCGACGUAAAAUACUACCUGGAUGGCAUGAGACGCACUCUGUCACCACAAGCCCCAGAACAGGAGCUGAAGGCGACGUACUGCACUGAGACCGGUCUCGACUUAUCGGAUCCCAAUAGCAGCGACCCGGGAAAAGUGUCAUUCAUUGUUCGGUUCGAGAAGGAAACUGUGGUAGUAGGUUACCCCAAGGUGCAUCUCUGGGUGGAGGCUGAAGGAGCAGACGACAUGGAUUUGUUUGUUCUAGUUCAAAAGCUGGACUGCCGAGGCAACCAUCUUGCACAAUUCCUUGUGCCCAAUCAAGGCGCAAUUAUGGGAGACCUUACUGAACACGGCGCCUCCGUUUUGAGAUACAAGGGCUCCAAUGGCCGUUUGAGGGUCUCUGCUCGCCAUCUUGACAAACAACUUUCCACCGACACCGUUCCAGCACACACGUUCGAUCGUGUCGAAAAGUUGAAGAAGGGCGAAAUUGUAGAAGUCGAAAUCGAUAUGUUGCCGAUUGGAAUGGUGUUCUACCCUGGGGAGCAGCUGCGUCUGGUGGUCAGCGGCAAGAAUGACCUGGGUGCCAUCAUGCCAGGUAAUCCCGCGUUCGCUCCCGAGAACAAAGGCAGACAUGUUAUUCACACCGGCGGAUCACGUGCUUCGUACAUUCAACUUCCUGUCAAAGGGGGGUAG